CUGCACUUCCCCGUUUCAGAUGAAUCCUAGAACAACUCAGACUUCUUGAAGAAAAAGAAGAAGCUGCAGAACAUACGCUCAAAAAGAAUCCGGCAAGACGAAGAAUUCGCAAUUAAAUUUUAUAUAAAUUAACUAAUUUAUCGACAAUCAAGCACUGAAAGGAUGGGGAAGAGAAGGGAUCGAAUGCACGCAGCUAUUAGCAACGCUGGUCGUCGCGUCAAGCUCGAUCUCUCCGUGGAACCCUCUGGAGAUUUGGGUGGCUCUUCGGUUAAUGAUGAAGUUGGACAGGAUACAGAAUCAAAAGUACAUGCCGGGUUACCCAAGUCACCAUCUUCUUCAGGUGGGUUCCAUCAGUUUUCUUCAAAAGGACUUCUACUAUGUAGAGAGGCAUGAGUGCUCAACAUUAUUUUGGUGGAAUUAUGGAACUAUAUGUACAAGACAUGUUAUGUUGUUUGUACCAAGAAUUUAUUUUCAGAUUGUAUGGUGGCUGUGGUAUUGGGAACAUUCAUUUCAGAUCAGGUCGGGACCUGCCACUGUGAUAUUUUGAAUGAGUCCUUAUCUGAUAUGCCCAAUUUCCCGGCAUCAAAACGUAUUGGAGAUUUCUUCUGGAAUAUUUUUCUAUCGGUCACAUGCAACAGAAUCCACUGCUAUUGCUUGGACAAUAUAGCGAUGAUGAAAUUGAUGAAGAAGCAAAUAAGCAACUUCAGCAAGCUGUUGUGGAGAAUUCUGCAGUGGAUGAUGAGAGCCAGGUUAAGGGUCAGCUUGGUGAAGGAAAUGAAGAUAAGGAUGUUAAUAGUAGUGAGGAACUUGCUGCUCAGGAGGUCAAGCAACAGGAAAAGGAUGGAUUUAUUAGUUCAUCAGUUACUCUCCAGAAACCAGAAGUUGUUGACACCAGAGAUGGUCAUACUACUGCCUCAAGCCAGUCACACGAAGAACUAAAUUCGGCAGAACAAACCUCUGUUGAUGGUGCUUCUGCUGUACAAGUAAUUGGAGACGUGAGUUAUGGUUGGAAGAUGGUAUUGCAUGAAGAGAGUAACCGAUAUUAUUAUUGGAAUAUUGAAACCGGGGAAACUUCUUGGGAUGUACCUCAGGUUUUAUUGCAAACAGCUGAGUUGACCUGUGAUCAGAAAACAACUACUAAUGAUAAUUCACAGACUCUGGUUAUGGCCACUCAUCCUGAAUCAGCUAUGGCUGUUGAAUUUGAUUAUUAUUCACCUGCACUAACCACUGAUGGCUCAAUCGCUGCCAAUAUGAUUUCUCAGAGCAGAGAUGCAUAUGAAUGUGGGUCUCAAAUGAAUCAGAGAGUUGAAGGAAGUGAUAGUGAAGUUUUGAAAGAUGAAAAUGCGGCCGCUGGUGUCAGCCUCAAUCAAUUAAAUAGUAGCAGUGUCUCUGUUGAUGCUUUAUCUGUGAAUGGGGGCUUAACUAUAACUGCUUCUGAGACAUACUUAAAUGGUCUUAUAACUAACGCAGAAAAUGAAACUGUGGUUGAUCUUUCUUCUGGGCUUGUGAAACAGUGUGAGGAAUUGCUUGACAAGUUGAAAUCACUUGAAGGGUCCACUGGAAACCUGCAAGGUCAUACCUGGGCAUUGAAGUAUGUCUUGGAAGUUGAGACUAGACUUUCUGAUAUCAAAUCACUUUUAUCAUAUGGAUCAUCUUUGCUGCCAUUUUGGCAACAUUCUGAAAGGCAGCUUAAGAGGCUGGAAGGUGCCAUCAAUGAAGAGAUUUAUCGACUUGCUAAAUCUCAAGUGGAUGAUGUAAUGGCAAUUCAUAGUUUUAGUAUGGCAGAUGGCAAAGACAAAGUGCUUGAGGAAGGGCUUGAAUCACAAAUAGAAGAAAAUCAGAACAAUGUGACUUUUUUAGCUCCACUAAUAUCUGAUGUUCCUUCAAAGGCUGACAUGUUGACAGUAGUCGAAAAAGACCUUCACAACGGUUCUUAUGAAGUGGUUGUAGAUCCCAAAAAGGUUGCUUCUUCUGGAUCACCCACUAGACAAUUGGAAAAUGGCCCAGUGGUUGGGGAGCCAGUCAAUGGGUUGGUGCUUCCUGGUAAAUCCAUUCCUGAGUCUGGGUUCCAUGUUGGGGAAGAUAUUGACAUGGAUGUGGACAUGGAAGUUGAAGAUGCAAUUCCUGCUGGUAACACAUCAACUGGUGCUGGAGAUAUUGCUUCAGUGGAGAAACAUGUUCAGCCAAAUCUAUCGGCAGAUCUUCCAUCCUUGCCAUCAGAGGAUGCAUCCUUUGUUCCACCUCCUCCUGAUGAAGAGUGGAUUCCUCCUCCACCACCUGAUAAUGAACAGGUUCCUCCUCCUCCACCUGAUGAGCCACCUGAACCUUCAUAUAUCCCAACCACAUCUUACAUGGAGACAGGGCAACCUCUCUCGUACCUGGAGCAAUACAACUUAUCCUAUCCUGAUUCUAGUUUUACAUAUUAUGGGCAAACAAAUAUUCAAGUUCCAAGUAGUAAUAUCUAUGGAAAUGUUGAUGGAUCUCAGGUUGAUGUGCCUCAUGUGCCAAUAUACUAUGGGGUGGUACCAAACACAUGCAAUGAGACUGCUUCAGUUAUGGUUAACCCUGCUCAGUCUGUUGCAUAUUAUGGCCUUCAAGAUGGAACAAUGCCUUCAGUGCCUGUUGUGAGUGCUGUGGAAUCUUUGCAGAAGUAUCAUGAAUCUGGUCCUGCUAGUGACAUUGUCAUUUUUUCUGAUCAAAUUGGAUCUGUUGAUACUGAUUCUGAAGCUGUAGUAGCAGUGACAGCUGAUCUUUCUGUUGGUGCUGAGAAUAACAUGGACACCAGUGGGGUUUCUUCUACUUCUACAACCAUUCAAGCCCCUGCAAGUAUUUCUCUGAAAGAGAGUGUUGUGUCAACAAAUGCUCUUUCUUCUGCUGCAGCUACUGCUACCACAUCAUCAACUACAAAGGUUCAAUCCAAAGGGCGAAACAAAAGGAGAACAGUGGCUGUUGCUCCCUCCUUGAGGUCCAAUAAGAAAGUCUCCAGUUUGGUGGACAAGUGGAAAGCAGCCAAGGAGGAGUUGAAUGAGAAUGAUGAAGAUGAACCUGAAAAUGCUUAUGAGAUUUUAGAGAAGAAGCGUCAAAGGGAAAUAGAGGAAUGGCAUGCACAGCAAAUUGCUAGUGGAGAAGCCAAAGAUAAUGCAAAUUUUCAGCCUCUAGGAGGGGAUUGGCGUGAGAAAGUAAAGCGUCGGAGAGCUCAAGCAGCCAAGGAAGCUGCAGAGAGUCCAGCUGAUACACGAACUGAUGGAAACCAGCAGCAGCCCGAUUUAGUAGAUCUCUCAAAGAAUCUACCGACUGGAUGGCAGGCCUAUUGGGAUGAAGGUUCAAAGCAGGUCUACUAUGGAAAUACCAUCACUUCAGAAACAACCUGGACAAGACCCAAGAAAUGAGCAAUGGAUGCACUUGUUACAACCUAUUUAUGGUUAUAUUUUACCCUUAGGUUGUAUUUUUACUUUGCCUCUUGCCUCUCAUUAUUUUCAUUGUAUAUUUUCCCUUUUGCAGACCAGAUAGAGUUAGUAAUAUAGGUUAUAGGAGAAGGCUUAGCAAAUUUUUAUAGUACGGAAUAUACUAGUCAGUAAAUUGGAGUUUUCACUUCCUAUAAUGAGAACUCACUCUCAUCUCAAGGCUUUUGAUCCAA